GUUCGUUUCCGGGUCAGAAUGGCGGCGCCCCGGGUGGCGCGGCGCUGAGCGGUGCCGAUGCCGCUGGUGCUCCUGUGCGGGUUUCCCUGCAGCGGGAAGAGCCGCCGCGCGGUGCAGCUGAGGAGCCACCUGGAGGCCGCGGGCCGGAAGGCGCUGGUGGUGGAGCCGAGCCUGGGAGCCGAGCGCAGCGCCGUGUACGCGGAUUCGCAGAAGGAGAAGGAACUCUGGGGAACGCUGAAAGCUGAAGUUGAGAGGAAAGUGAACAAGGAAGAUGUGGUGAUUCUGGAUUAUUUAAAUUACAUCAAAAGUUACAGAUAUGAGCUGUUCUGUCUGAUAAAACACGCACGGACUCCACACUGCCUGAUUCAUUGUGAAACCGCAGUGGAUAUCUGCUCAGCGUGGAACCUGGAGAGAGAGCCAGAGAGCCAGUACUCCCAGGAAGUGUUCGAUGGCCUGGUGAUGCGAUUUGAGUCGCCCGAUUCCAGGAACCGAUGGGACAGCCCACUCUUCACUGUCCAGAAGGAUGAUACACUUCCGUUCCAGGCAAUAUGUGAUGCGAUCUUCCACAGAAAAGCACCACCGCCAAAUCAGUCCACGCAGAACCAACCGCUGUCCUCUACAAACUUCCUGUACGAAUUGGACAAAGUUACCCAAGACAUGUUAAUGGCAAUAUUAAAUGCACAGAAAACCAGUCUGCCAGGGGACCGGAUCGUACUACCCGGAGCCACUGAAAAGAUCGAGCUGAGCCACAAUCUCAGCAUGGCUGAGCUUCGCAAGCUGAGGCGCCAGUUUAUCACCUACACAAAGCUGCAUCCCACAGAGAACAUUGGCCACAUCGCCAACAUGUUUGUACAGUAUCUCAACAAAAGCACACACUAGCGAAGACCCCAUUAUAAGUCAUUAUUUUUAUUUUUAUUAUUCCUCAAUAAAAUGUUAUUCUGUC